CGUGACCCACGUCAUCGGCGUCGUCAUAGCAGUGCGCUCUCGUGUUGUUAUCUUUGUACCGCUUUAACUGAACUUUAAACAUCUUAAAUGUCGAACUCCGGUCUACUUACCAUCAAGAAACUCAGGUAUUACUGUAUUUUACCAAAACUGGUGACGUGAUCAGAGAAGACUACUUAAAUUCAAGCAUCCCAGGUGUUUGUAGAGUCUGAUGAUGGGUCUCUGGCAGCCGGUGACCAACCUUAAAGAUUAUGUAUCCCAGAAUCCUCCUGGGGUGACAUUUUUCCUGUGUCUGUUGUCUCUGGCUAUCUCGUUCAUCUGCCUCAGCUCUUACAGCUACACUUACCCUCUGCCUAACCCUGACAUAGCAAAGGACUGGAACCAUCUACUGUCCUCCUUAUCACAGUUCCAGCUAUGUGUGAAAGCCAGUGCAAGUUCAUCUGAGCUUGUCUCACCAGUCCCCUCUCCUCUGAUGGAUAAAGACACUUUAGUUAACUCUACAAAGACUCCUUCAGUCACCAAUUUGCGUCUUAAGGUUCCUCUGGCUGUGACUACCAACUCAAAUGGUGGCUCUCUGAAAGACCUUGGUCUACACACUGCUUUGAGAGCCAGUCAACUAAAUCUUGGAGGCAAUGAGAUUGUCAAUGUGACUCUAGAGUUCUUGUCUGGAAAUGAUACCUACACCUGCCUCAUCAUAAGUGCUCCAACACACCUCCUGCCCAUGAGCCUACUUCCACCAGAGUGCCCUGCAUCUGAUAAAAACAUUUCACCCAUCCAUGUGGAAACGAGCAACCAGCUACCUACAGCAUCACAAACCUGCUACAGUCUACAAUCCAAGAAUGACCCUACACUCACAGUCAUGUUAACACAGGAGGAGGAGAGUGUGGCAGCGCGGCAUCUGCUGGAAGUCAGCGUGUGUCUGCUAGGAGUUUGUUUGAUACUCUGUUUAGCUGCUUGUAUGACACGUUCACUCAUACGCCGCACCUACUGGAAUGGACUGGAUUUACAAAAUGAGCCCUUGAUUGACACCUGAACAUUUUUCAUCCUCUGCAUCCCGAAGAAAUCAGUUGGUGGUUGAGAGAGAGGAGCUAUAUAUAUAUAUCACAACUUUUAAAGGGGCACCCCACCGAUUUUACAAAAUAAACCAUAUGGGGUACUACUCAGUCUGUGAAAACAGUUGUAUAAUGUCUUCGGUGGCUCUGGAGGGAGCUUUCUAAAGCCUGAGAAAUUAACCAUGGUGAUGUCAUCAGUUAUCUCAGCUUAGGUUUGGAGUCUAAAUAUUUUAGACUCCAGCGAUUUACAAGCUUGUCUCUUACUAGGAACUAAAAGUCAGGAUAUUUCAGCUUCUGCUGAAUCAAUUUUACCAUUUUAAUCUGUCUGUUACAAGUUUCCCGACAAAAUGAAAACACCCAAUCAGUGGAGCAUCCCUGUUAUAGGAGACUGAAAUAUUAUAAAAUAUCCAGAUGGGAAACAUAUAUGUGAUAGAGAAGGAGUAUAUUUUGUAAUGGGACCAUGGUGUAAUGGGAACAACUCUUCAACUGGUAAUGCCUACACUUUUGACUGGUCAUAUAUUCACUAUCCAGUAUGUUAUGUGCAGUGCAUCCCAAGAAUUAUUUGUUUUCUGUUGAACUGACUUGUCUACUUCAUUUCCCACAUUUCAUGGAAUUACUCUCAAUAACUUCAAAACGGACAUUAACUUCAGCUGAGUGAAAGUUUAAUAUGUUGAGAAUAAGUGUUUUUGCAGUCAAAAAUCUAAAUCUAAUAUGUUUAUAACCUGUGAAAGAAGUAGUAUAGUUACUGCAGCAAAGGUCUUUGGGUAUACUAGGCUAGUUUGCCUGUUUUACUACUUUAAUUUACAUAUUUGACAUUGAAAGUUCAUUGAAUCCAGAUUCCAGAUCUACAGAUCCACAGUAUUCUUGCAUCCACCCACAAUGUGUUACAUCACUUGCACGGCAGUAGAAACUUUACGAAGUGCGUGUUGAAGAAAUAUCUCUUGCUCCUAAUUGAAUUUCUAAGCCACAGAUUGUGUUUAAUUAAGAAAAUGAAAAGGGGUGUAACAUCCUGUGAAAGUUGUUAUGAUACAGACUAUUUGUAAUACUUGUAAGCACAGUAAAGUGUGUGCAUGGAAAUUACCAGUGCUAUGAACUGACAUGUCCUCCAGACUCUAAGAAACUGAGUCUGUCCUGGAUUUUCUGCGCUAACAGCUUAGAAACAGAUAACUGCAGUCAAGAAGGCAUCCUGUUUUCAAACACAAUUUUCCUAGUUUUAGGAAGAAUCAAACAUUAAUAGUGAAAAAUAUAAAUACUAGGUUUCUGUUGUGAAUCUUACUGGGAAGUUAAGAAACUUUACAUUGGGUUUCUUUUUACAAGUAACCAACACCUGUUUCAUUUGCGGUUCUGCCAAGUGAAGAAAAGCUAUUAAUGUAACCCUUUAGUCUUGACUUGAUGUUUAAUGCAGUGGAGCCCAGGACCAGCAACAAAAGAGGGAGAUCAAAUUUGGAGAUCUGAAUUUUGAUUUAUGGUUUUAAUGUUUCUUUUAAGAGACCAGAACAAUUCAAAUAUACUGUACCUUACAUUACUGUUUAGCAUGUCCAAAUAAUUGAUUAUUUAGGGAUUUGUUUUCCUACCUUCCUGGAAGCCAUUGGUUUCAGUUUUUUUAGUGCACUAUGGAAAUCAACUUGCAGUGACUUGAAAUUUUCAUUGAAUCUCUUACAGUGAACAUUAUGCCUGAUUUAUCAUUGUCAAAAUGACCUUAUUGUGCAGAAAUAAACAAAAGGGAUGAACCACCACCUAAAUCUACAAAGGUUAUGGUACUGAUGUUUUCUGACGCUGUUGACAUAAGUAGUAAAACAGGCCUGUAUUGUCAAUUGUGAUUAGUUGACAAACACACAAUAAAAACAUUUUUCUUCUGUAAA